ACACAUUUUCAUUUUUCAUUUUUCAUUACAUAUUUACAUUCACCUCUUUUACGGUUUUACUUGCAUUAUAUUAUUUGUAAGAAAGUUAUUUAUUUUUACUAAACAUGCCUAUUAUGAAAGCUUUAGCCUCCAAUGUGGCUGUUCGCCGCUGGGCUUAUAAUCUGUCUGGUUUCAAUAAAUUUGGAUUACAUCAUGAUGAUGUGUUACAAGAAAAUGAUGAUGUCAAGGAAGCAUUAAGACGGUUACCAGCACACAAAGUAGAUGAAAGGUCAUUCAGAAUAAUGAGAGCAAUGCAGCUCUCUUUACAAAAAAUUGAACUACCUAAAGAACAAUGGACGAAGUUUGAAGAAGAUGACCGUUAUUUAAAACCAUACCUUGAAGCAGUCAUAAAAGAAAGAGAAGAAAAAGAAUACUGGGAAAAAAAUUACUAUUAGAUUUCAUAUUAUGUAAUGUUAAAAAUAAAAAUAUCCCAUAGUCACAAGUAAAUUCUUACAGCAAAUAUUUCAAUUAUUACUAUCAUUUUGAGUGUUUUAUAAAAUUGUAUUAUUACACGCAAUAUAAUUUUAGUUUUCGG